AAGUAAGCCUUUGGAAUGCUAGAGAGAUGCCUUAAUUGGUCAAGUGUGUGCCACACAAGCAGGAAGUCUUAGGUUUGGAUCCUUAGGUUUGCACCCAUGUGAAAACCCAGAAAGCCUAUAAUCCUGGUGGUGGGCAGGGACAUGGAGACAGGCAGAUCCAUGAAGCUUGUUGGCUGGUCAGCCAUCUUGUCCCAUUUGAUGAGUUUCAGGUUUAGAGAGAGGCCCCAUUUCAAUAAUAAAGGAGAUGAAAAUGAUCAAGGAGGACGCCUGACGCAGACUUCUGACUGCCAAUGUUAGACACUCAUCCAAAAUGGCACAUGUGGUGGAGUGGUCUAUGGGAGUGAAGCUGGGGCUGAGGAGAUCGCUCAGUGGCUUAGGCAUGGGUGCUCACACCUCCAACUGUACAUAGCCACACAAACAAGUACACAGUAUGUGCACAAAGGUCUCAGGAUUCUGCCCUCCAAGACAGUCCUGCCAUGAUUGGAUAGGACCCCCAGAUAAAUAUUCAAACCUUCGUCCGGUUCAUUUUCAUAUUCCUGAAAACGAGUCCCCCUUGGAACAAAGGCUUAGAGAAUUGAGACAAGAAACACAAGAAUGGAACCAGCAGUUUUGGGCGAACCAGAAUUUGAGUUUUACUAAGGAAAAAGAAGAAUUCAUUUGCUCAAGACUGCAAGCUAAAGGCUCAGUCCUGCGAACUGCAUCAGGUCAAAGAACAGCAUUGGAUGCAGAGGAAAUGGCUGACUUUUAUAAGGAGUUUCUGAGUAAGAAUUUUCAGAAGCACAUGUGUUAUAAUCGAGACUGGUACAAGCGUAAUCUUGCCAUCACGUUCUUCAUGGGGAAAGUGGCGCUGGAGAGGAUGUGGGGCAAGUUGAGGCGGAAGCAGAAGAUGAGCAGCUAGCAGCCCGCCUGGGCCUGCCCCGCCAGCACCCAGCUUCCAUUUAAGAGGGCUUUCCUGACUCUGCAUCCCCAGCUGGCUUAUUCUCGACGGUAUACUGUAUAUUUGUUGACUGUGUCUUGAAUUAUAUCAAUUCAGAAUAUGGCUGUGUCAAAAUAUGAAUAAAGUUUCACUGAAACAAUUA